UGCAGUUGUUCUAUAUUAUGGAAUUAAACUUUUAUUUUUUAGUAGGAUUCUCUUCCCAAAAGUUUGCUUUCCGAUUUCAGAAACCUUCUUCACCUCUAUGGGUGAAUGGGCAGCAACAGGCCGCCUGAAAACAUUGACGUGAAAAGGAGAAAAAUCGGGGGCAUGAACAGCGUGGAGCUUUCCAUCAAGUGGUGACCGGAGCCUCAGAGGGGAUUGGAAGAGCUUAUGCAUUUGCACUUGCUGAGCGAGGAAUGAACAUCGUUAUCAUGAGUCGGACCAAAUCUACACUGGAUCAAGUGGCAAAGGAAAUAAGUAUAAAACAUAUAUGCAUUGUUGUUUUAAAACCCUAUAAAAGUCGACAAAACUGUACUUUUUCAUGCAUAAAAACCUACAGUUUGCAGCAAAUUGUUUCAUCCCCGCCAGGCAAUUCCACGGGGCAAAAGGUGAGGGUGAUCAUAGCUGACUUCACUGAUGAAAACAUCUUUAGUGAAAUCGAGGAGCAACUUAAGGACCUUUGCGUCGGAAUUUUAGUCAACAACGUUGGCAUUCUUCCCAGCUUCAUCCCCUAUAGGUUUCUGGAGUCUGAAGACCUGGACCAAACAAUUACUAAGGUUAUAAACUGCAACGUAAAAACCAUGGUUAAGAUGUGCAGAAUGAUCCUCCCACAAAUGGAUAAGAGGCGAAAAGGGGUGAUUGUGAACAUUUCGUCUGGAAUUGCUUCUGUCCCGUUUCCCCUCUACACCCUUUAUGCAGCAUCAAAAAUAUUUGUGGAGCGAUUUUCUCAAGGUCUACAAGCAGAAUAUGAAAACAGAGGCAUUCUUAUACAGGCAGUGGCUCCAUUCGGGGUCUGCACUCGCAUGGCAGGUUACCAGCCACCCAACAGGGUGACCUUUUUACCAGAAGACUUUGUCAAGAAUUCUCUGCAGUACCUCCGAGCAGGGAACAAAACACAUGGCAGUAUUUGUCACAUUGUUCUAGGCUGGAUACUACAAUGCAUUCCCCUUAAGGUUCUCCACUCAGACUCUCUGCUGCAGGGCAUGCAAAACUACGUUAAGAAGACUACACAGCCGGCUGCAUCAGGAACGUCUUUCAAAGAACCUUAAUAGGAAAUACUAAGAAACGUUGUUUGAUCAUAGACUGAAUCAAGACAUACUGAUGGAGGACAAAAUGUACACAUACUAGAUUUUUAAAUGACAUUUCAACAAAAUCAGAAGGGAAAUAAAAAGUCUUUUAUUUUGAAGAUGUGAAGGGAAGCUGAUGGAAAUAAUAUGUGUUGUAUUUUCAAAGGUAUGCCUAAUAUGUUCUGUAUGUAUUUUAUAAAAGAUGUUUGGAAGGAUAAUGUUUUCACAAAACUCACGGUAACAAGUGGCUUUAUUAUUUUUUUUCUCCUUAUGAGUCAAUGUUUAGAGGAACAUGUCUCUGAUUUUUUAAUCUUUUAAGAGACUGUCCAAAUAUUGUGGCUCACCUUGUACAGAAUUAAAGCCAAAAAUACAUCUUCAAAGAAGUAAUCAAAAAACAGAGGCUUUUUUUUUUUUACGUUCAAGCUGUAUCUUUUCAUAAUGAAGCCUACUUUUGUAUAUCUUUUGAGUUGGUGUUCUUUAAUGAACAACGUCCACAGAAAAACAAACUUAAAAUUAAAAAGAUGAACUUUAAGCAGCUUUUGGUAAAAGACAAAGAAAAAGGUAUAGAAUUGUUUUUCCAUAACUUGUGACUCUGAAGUUACAAAAGAUUCUUGGGCAGUACAGCCAGAUACUGUACCAUAAAGUGUUAGUCAUUUUAAAUCAAACACAAUUGUUAUCAUUCAAUUCUUUAUUUAAGGAUAGAUCUAAAUUAGGUGUUAGUCAACUUUGAUUUAAAAUAUCAAUCCCUCUUUGUUUUCUAUAGAACCUCAAGGGUGGUUAAGUGAUCAAUGCUGCCAAGUGGAUGCUUAGACAGACCAGACUAUUACUGCAUCCCCCUCCCCAAAACGUUAGUAUCCUUUGAGUUCAUUAUAUUUUCUAAGUCAUUUUGUUAGUUGGAGCUUUUGUGUGUGUUAAACUUGUUCAAAGUAUGAUAAGUUCAAUUAUAUAUCUAGUGUGUGUCCUUGGCCAGUCUUUACUUUAUGAAGCCUCCCAGUGUGUCUCAACAGGAAGUGAGUUCUCCAUUUGGUGGUCAGUACAGUUCAACUCUCCCCAGUCUUUCUAAGUUGGAGUUCACCCCUCCCCAUUGACUAUUAAUUGUAACCCUUUUUUCUGGUUGCUGAUAGUUUGACACCCCAUAUACAUUAUAAACUAAAACUUGUAUCUAAAGUUGCCUGGCAGACUUAGUGAAGGAGAAAUUAAUUUGUCAGAGUAUUGUCAAUCCAAAGGUCCCUACUAAGUUUUUCUUUGCACUUAAUAGACACCAUAACACUGUUUUUAUCACUCUGAUCAUUCAAAAAAACAAACAAAAAUAAGACUACUAAUGAGCUUCUAUUCAGCUUCAGCAUCCAAACUGAGGAUUUUAUUUUAUUUUUAGAAGAGUCUCAAACCAAAGGAUAAACAUGAUGAAUGAACCUCCCCCACGAGAGAGUGGCCAGAAAGAGACAAAGAGAGGGAUGAACGGUCAGACUGACCUCAACAGCAAAUGAUUCGUGCCUUGUUUUCAUAGAAAAAACCCAGCUCCCCCUCAGUGAGAAACAUGUUUAUUCAUGUCACAUGAUACAAACCACUACUACUACCUGUGGAAGAGGGUCUUUCAUGUUUUGGGUCUUUGCACCGUAGAGCCAAACGACAUUCACAGGAAAUAACUCAUUCAUGUUUGUCAAGAUGUGUUUAUUUUCUGAUUUUAGAUCAUGAAUAGUGUUUAAACAUUCUAAUGCAAUUAAUUGAAUUCAAUUUAAUACAUUUAUAAUGAACCUAAUAAAGGCUGCUGUUAAAAGCUUGAACUUGGUUUGAUAGGAGGACAAACACAAAACUUGAGAACA